UUUAUCUUUUAUCAUGUAUUUCGCCAGAAAUGUUCCAUUUCCAUAACGCGCUGUAACCAUGCAGCGUUUUACCUUCACAGCUCAUGUACUUUGCCGUCUUUGUCUUUGGGGAUGUGUUGCAGAGAGCAUCCAUACUUUACCUCAUGUGGAGCAGUUUGAUGUGGUGAGACCUAAAAGACUGAGCCUCAGUAAGGUACAGUCUGAUAAAAGUCCACAAAGCCAUGAAAUGUAUCCUGAUAGACUUACAUACAAAUUAUUCUUUGGAGGGGAAAAUCACAUGAUUCAUUUGGAAAAGAACAGGCACCUCAUUGGACAUAAUUAUACUGAAAUAUACUAUCAAGAUGAUGGAUUGAUUGUGAGCAACAAUCCAAAUUUAAAGGAAAAUUGCUAUUAUCAUGGCCAUAUUCAGGAUUUGGAAGAUUCCUCAGUCAGUGUGACAAUCUGUUCUGGAAUCAGAGGUUUUGUUAGGGUGAAAAAGCAAGUAUACCUGAUUGAACCCCUGACCAACCACACUGAUGGAGAUCAUGCGCUCUAUAAGCACCAACAUCUGAGGUGGAAGAGAAGCUCUUGUGGUGAACCAAACACCGCCAUUUAUGACCAUGAACCACCAGUGGCUGUCCCCUUAAAGUCCAGCAGACAGAAAGUGAAGCGUUUUCACACUCCAAGAUUUGUGGAAUUGUUUCUUGUGGUCGAUAACACUGAGUACAAAACCUAUGGUUCUAACAUGGACAUGAUCAGAGCCAGGAUGCUGGAGGUUGCAAAUCACGUUGACAAGUUGUAUCGACCCCUUAAUAUCCGGGUUAUGCUAGUGGGUCUUGAGGUUUGGACAACACAGGACCAGUUUGUAGUCAGUGUGAGUUCUGAUGACACUCUUAGUCGGUUUAUUAAGUGGAGAAAGAGCAAUCUGCUUAAAAGGGUCAGGCAUGACAACGCUCAGUUUGUGACUGGAAUUGAUUUUUUGGGUGACACAGUUGGUCUGGCAAACAAAUUUGCAAUGUGUGCGGAAAGCUCAGCGGGAGUCAAUCAGGAUCAUAAUCUAAACUCACUGGGCUUGGCAUCUACAAUUGCGCAUGAGAUGGGUCAUAACAUGGGCAUGUCCCACGAUGUAGAUCACUGCAUGUGUGGUUCAUCAAUGUUCUGUAUCAUGACAGAGCGUGUGGGCACGCUGUUCCCGGAGAUGUUUAGUGACUGUAGUCUAGAACAGCUGAGUGUGUUUCUAGACAACGCCAACCCCAGCUGCCUGCUGGACAUCCCCAGCUCAUACAAACUCUACAGUGGGCCUGUCUGUGGUAAUGCUUUCCUGGACCCUGGAGAGGAGUGUGACUGUGGAACAGUGGAGGAAUGUGAAAAUCCAUGCUGUGAUCCCAAGACCUGCCGACUGACUGAAGGCUCACAUUGUGCUCACGGAGAUUGCUGUGAGAAUUGCCAGAUGAAAGAUGCUGAAAGCUUGUGUCGAGCAGCUGAACAUGAGUGUGACGUCCCAGAGUAUUGCACAGGGCGCUCAGAGCAGUGCCCAGAGAAUGAUUUUAAGAUGAAUGGCAUAACUUGCAGCACUGGCCAGGGUUACUGCUACAAUGGCCAAUGCCCCACUCACCUCCAUCACUGCCAAAAACUUUGGGGAACAAGUUCCACAGUGGCUUCUGAUGCAUGCUUUUUAAGAAACAGAUUGGGAACAAAUGAUUCUCACUGUGGAAAAACCAAAGAUGGCUACAGAGCCUGUACAAAAGAAAACAUUCGUUGUGGAAAGAUAUUUUGUGAUGGAGGAAACGAAUACCCUGUUACCGGUCAGAAAGCUGUCAUAGUAACAUUAAGGGGAAUGUGCAACAUAGCUGGGGACCAAUCAGAGGAGGACGCCCUCAGCAUGGUUCCUACUGGCACAAAAUGUGAACAUAAUAAGGUUUGCUAUGAUUAUAUGUGCCAAGACCUGAAUGUGUACGGUAGUAAUGAAAACUGCUCACUGAAAUGCAGUGGUAGAGGGAUAUGUAAUCAUAAAAAACAAUGCCACUGUGAGCCUGGUUGGGCACCUCCUUUCUGUGAAGUCAAAUAUUCUGAAUUGCCAUCCGGACAAGCAAAGAUCAUUGGCAUCUCAGUAGCAGUUGCAAUCGCUCUGCUUCUACUAGUAUGUGGAGUAGUGCUUUAUCGUAAAAAAAGAAAAAGGAUCAUCAGCCACAAAACAAAAGCUCCAUCUUCAGGGCAGUUGAGCCUUCUUGAGAACAAUGGUACCAAGAAGGACCACCCUCCAAUCAGCCAGCCCAUAUUCAUGGGGACCACCGUAACUCAACCCUGCACCCCUCUAACUGCUAGAGCGGGUCCGGCCCGUCCGGCCCGUCCUGCCCCUCUACCUCCAGAAAAACCGCAGCAGACUACAGUUAAACAGGGAAUCAAGCCGACUGCACCUCCUGUUCCACCAUUUAAACCAUCUUUAGCAACAGGAUCCUGGAGAACAGAUCAAGUCACAGGCGAUACAGUGAAGGUUGUGUUGAGACCACCCACCAUUCCAAGAAGAUGACCAGACGUGAAAUCAUCAUGUGACUCAUUUAAACAAAUUACAGUCCUUGUUCACUUUUAUAAUGUGGGGGUGGCUGAAUCACAAAGUGCUUUUUAAACCACGCUUUAAAAACACACAUACACUGUUGUGCUUGGCCUUGAGUAAGAGCUGGUUUUUGUCUGUUAAAUUAGUAUUUAUGAUGGUAUAUUUAUGUAAUACAUUUUAAUGUGUGGUUGGAGAAAUGAUCAAUAUACCAAAAUGCUUUAUACAGUAAUUAAUUUAAUUGAACAUUUACAGACUGUUACCAAGUGUAUGUAUUUAAUUCUGAAUAAAAGUUAUUUAACAUA